AAGAGGAGAGAGAGGGAGAGAAAGGAGAGAGAAAUGUUAAGCAAAGGCCUAAAUCACUGCUUCUCUCGCUUCAAGCGCCCUUCCCAUUCUACACCUCCGCCCAUCCCCCAUUCCCUAAAUGCCCCCCCGGCCUCCGCUACUUCGUCUUCCUCCGUGGUCUUUAAAAGUUUCAAUUCCCUAUAUGACCCCGCCGCCGCCGCCUCCGACUCUGAAAUCCUAACGCUGACCCUCUCCUCCUCGUCGUCCUCGGCUGCCGCCGCAGCCGCCGGGGGCUCAUCCUUCUGCUCCACUUCCGAUUCGGCCGCCGGCACCGCGACGGCCGCCGAGGGCUCCUGCCCCUCCGACCGCGACCUCUCCACCGCCAUCGCCUCCCGCCGCUUCUUCCCAGCCUCCCCCGGCCCGUCGAACUCGAUAGUGGACUCGGCGGCGGUGGCCGUCGGCGUCCUCGGUGCCGGGGUCGCGGUGCCGACGUACUCGCCGGACCCAUACUGGGAGUUCCGGCGGUCGAUGGAGGAGAUGGUGGCGGCGCUGGGGCUGGACCUCCGGGCCCACGCCGCCCACCUCCACGAGCUCCUCCUCUGCUACCUCUCUCUCAACCGGAAGCACGCCCACAAGUACAUCGUUGGCGCCUUUGCCGACCUCAUCGUCGGGCUCGCCGCCGCCGAGAGCCGCCGAACCGACGCCUGACCACCCAUCGUCCCUCCGCCUCCGCCGGAAGUAAAGACCGUUGUUAUCCUGCGCCUUCUCCGCUAACCUGCGCUCUUUCUUAGUUUUUGCCCCUUUUUUAAGUAAAACGGACGGUGUGGAUGACUUGCCUUUGUUUUGUAAUCUUAUACGUAAACGCGAUCUUUGUACAGCUUCUUUGCGAGCAAAAAAAAUGGGGUUUUCUUUCUU